UGUCUAUGUUCUGUAUAACAUCUGCAUUGAGUGCUUGGUUGGGGCUCCUUUUGCAUGACAUACUGCAUCAAGGAGUAACAGUGCAUGGAGAUGCUGCGUUGAAUGCUUCGCCUAACUUUUUUCACUCACACAUCUUUUUCUAUAUAUAUUUUUUUCUUCCACUAAACUUUCCGUUACGGUUGGGUUUCAAGAGCUGUAAUUAAUCUGGCUGCGUGUGCACUUGAAGGUCCUAAACAGGAAGUUGUACAAACCAGUUUCUAACUUGACGUGGUUCAUUCAAAGAAUCCGUAAGGUGUUUCAUUUGCAUCCGUCUUCUUUUACGCCCCUCUCACUGCAACGAAAACUAGGGGAGACUCUGCCCAGCGCAGUUCAGUAAGGCAGCAGCAACACACACACACACGCCCACACACCACGUACGGUUUUGACUGACCGACUUUUGACUUUAAACAAUGCAGAAGAGGCCUGAAAAGUUGGAAACUGCAUCUUUGGGCACGGGACUGGCUGGGGCAGCAGCUGUGCGCCCACGGAUCGGGGUUCAUGUGUUGGUUGCCCUGCAUUCCUAAGGAAAGUCGCCUGAAGAGUUGGGAGAAGACACGAACAGCCGGACUGCGGUGCCAAUAAGGGAAAUCCAUUCAUCUUUUAUACAUAUUGCAUUUACCACCACUGGGAUAUUAAUUUAACUCUCUUUUUAGAGAUUUAAUGCUUAAGGCACCACAGGCUACAGUUUGGAACCUACUUUUGGAGACGUUGGCUGUGUUUUACGCACGGGAUUUUCUCAACAAAUGACCACCUGUGAUUGCUCCUCAACUGUCUUCCUUUAUCCGCUCAGGUCUUUUUUCCACUCUGACCCAAAUCAUCAUCAUCAUCAUCAUCAUCAUCAUUUGCUACACCGGCUUUGACGAAGGAGACUAAAAGGCGUCCCUCCGUGCAUCCAAACGCACCGGCGUGUGGCUGAGAAUGCGUGAAGGAGGUUUCCCGAUGUCCGUCUCCGUGGUGAUGACUCUGCUUUUGGUCGUUAUAGACGUGAAGGCCAGCGGGGAAUACUGUCACGGGUGGCGAGACUCGCAGGGCGCGUGGAAAGACGGGUUCCAGUGCCCGGAGAAGAUCGACGGGGAGGACUCGAUCAUCUGUUGCGGGAAGUGCGAGCUGCGAUAUUGCUGCGCCAGCACGGACGCGCGGCUGGAUCAGGGCAGCUGCGAGAACGACAAGCAGGCUGAGGUACCGGGAACGGAGAGCAAACAGGACAAGGACUCCCGUGCAGUGCCAAUCUACGUGCCCUUCCUGAUCGUGGGAUCUGUGUUUGUGGCCUUCAUCCUGGUGGGUUCUGUGGUCGCCGUGUGCUGCUGCCGCUGCCUCCGGCCAAAGCAGGAGCUCUCCUCGGCUGGCGCCUCAGGAAGCGGAAGCACCGGCGGCCGCCUCCUGGAAACCAUUCCCAUGAUGGCGAGCAGCUCCAGGGGCUCCUCGUCCCGGCAGUCCAGCACCGCCACCUCGUCCAGCUCUUCGGCUCCGCCCGCCGGGGCCCGCCCCGGUCCCGCUCCGCUAAUGCGGGCUCAGGCCUCCUGCUGUCUGCCCCCCGACGCCAGCGUCUUCGUCAACAUGCCCACCAACUUCUCAGUUCUCAACUGCCAGCAGGCCACCCAGAUCAUGUCCCACCAGUCACAGUUCAUGCACCCACAGUACAUCGGCUACGCCCACCCCGUGUCCCCUACGGCGGCCUUUUUAGACCACAGUCAGGGGGGAUACAGACCUCUCCAGUCCCCCUGUCCUCCUCCAACAGCAUCCAGUGCCACCAGUGACAAUAAAGGCCCACCAGUAACAGUGUGAUGAGGGGGGAGGUGAGGGGGGAGGGUGGCUUACUUGCAGACCACUCUGGAUCUUGUUGGAGCAGGGACAUCUGGGCUCACUUCCAAAGUGGAGAAAACAACAAAAAGAAAAGAAAUCAAGGAGUCCGGACUCACAUGAAGGACUUUUUAAGCUGUUCCCAGUCUGGACCUGCCCUGCUAUUGUGUGUUGGCCUUUCAUAUGAUCUCUUGGCAAAGUGUCGCCGAGCUAAGCUCAACCCGUGAUGGGGGUUUAUGGAUCCAUAAACAAUUCUCUGCAAAACUGAAUGUUUUAGGGUUUACCACGGGCCAGGUGGAUAACGACGCACAGUUCAAUGCAGUACAACACGCAGCUCAAAUCGGACCUGCGUGCAAAAGUGUGAAAAGAGAUUUGCUGGCUUAUAUGUGCAGGAAUGAGUGACGACUGUUUGAUUUAUAGCAUGAAAAAUGGAUCUCUGAGCAGAAAAGAACAAGACCACAUGUUUUGUUUGAGGCACCGUGCACAUCUGUGGCCGCGAAUAAAUGCGAGUGAGUUUACACAAUAUGGUACAGUUUGUUUGUGUUGAAAGCGUGAGGAGAGAAAGCAUGUGGACAGACGUUUAGUGUGAGCAUGAAGCGCGGACGGAUGUGGUCUUAUGCGAGUAGCUGUGAGUGAACCGGGUGUAAUGGGAAAUGCAGGUGGUGUGAUGUGUAAGGCUGUUGCAAUCUCCCAGCAGACCAUUUAAAAUCUAAUGAAGUGAACACGGGACGCAGACUGUGACGCUCCACCCAACUGUACCAGUUCCCCCACGAGGCCUUUUGCCCACCACCCAGAAAGAAAAAACAGUCCCGAGCGGAAACGCUCUCACAAACCCCCUCCAACUACGGCAGUAUUCACAGAAGGCUGGUGGUUAAUGUUCCCUGGAAGUGUUACUGUGACAUGAGCGAGAAUGCAAAUAUCCAGCAAGGAAUCUAAAACUCUAACCCCAUCAAUUAUUUCCUCUGAGAGGCAGAUGUGGCUUUUGAUAUGGGCCACAAGGGCAACUGCCCAGGGAGGCAUUAGAAAGAUUGGGCGCAGAAGCACCAGAUAAAACCAAAACUCAUCGAGUUGUAUCGCUUUUAAGAACCAGCACUGGUGAGAGGAGUGAGGGCGUGCGCGUGCAUGUGUGUGUGACAAACGCUGCACAGUUCGGUGAACUUGCAGCCGUAGGGAGUCAGGCCAGGUUUGAGUCACAGUUUUCCACUUUAAAAAGUCACGAAAGUAGCAGUUAUUGGCUGUGGGUUAGGAAAAACAAACAAACCUUGCUUAAUUUCCAGUCAUUUGGUGAAAUGUUGCACAGCUCAGGAACAUGCAGUUGAUGAGAACAUGCAGCUACACCAAGCAUGGCUUCUCAUCUCUAAUCCAAGCACAUUGUGAGAUUCAGCAGGCAGCUUGUGUGAGACAAACCGUGGAUUCAUCAUCGUUCCCUCUGAAACAAUAUAUAAAGCAGGGGGAGAUGACGCUUUGUUAUAAGUUUGAAAAAUAAACAUUUUGAAACAGAA